AUGUUCAUUCCAACAACACCAAAGUUUUCUUUCAAGGCAUUUCUCCAACCCACAACAAAAUGGGGCUCAAAUUCAACAACUUGCAAUGGAGAAACUCAACCUAUAAGUGGCUCAAUAUAUCCAGGAAGCUCUCCACCUGCAACAACUGUGGUCAACGACGUGUUGACUAAAAUGUCAACUAGCACCCCAGUAACUUUGCUGGACAUAACUUUACUUUCGCAGCUGAGAAAAGAUGGGCACCCUCCUGUUUAUGCCGGUGAUGGGGAGAAGGGAAAUGAUUGUAGCCACUGGUGCCUUGCUGGUGUCCCUGAUACCCGUAAUGAACUUUUGUAUGCAAUUCUUGUGACUAAGUAA